AGUUUCAUUUGACCAAUAUUGUCCAACAGUCGUUUUAAUAAAAUAAAUUAAAAUUAAAUUAAACGUUGACAAAAUGGGUGCAUUGUCAUUAAUGUUUUUUGUUUUGUGUUCGAAUUUUUUAUUAAUAAAAUCGGAAGGUGAAGAAAAUUUAAAAAUAAGUAUACCUAAGGAUACUGGUAAUUGUUCAAUACCAAAGCCUAAUUACAAGUUCAGAGAAGGUCAAAAUUUGACUAUAGAGCUGUCAACGGAUCCUUUCGUCAACUAUGGCUGGUGGCGUUUAAAGAACUCUAAUAAUGAAACAUUUACAAUCGACAGCUCCUUCAAAAGCAACAUGACUAAACAACAUACUACUGUGGUGAACAGAUACAUGGACGGUACAUGGGAAUUUGAGUUUUAUGUGCAUAAAGAUAAUGUUGACAUUCUAAGCAACAUUGACAAAGUGGCUUAUCCAGCAGGCAAACAAGAAUACUACACACCAAUCAUAUGCCGUACCAACGUAGCGAUUGAAAUGAACAAGGACACGAUAUUGGAUACGAAGUUCAUAAUCAUUUGUUCAGUAUUGGGAACCUUGGCAUUACUCAUCAUUAUAGGACAAGCUGUUUACAUCUACUACUUAAAAUCAUUGGCUCGAAGGUUGAACGCUCAUAACAACUUGUCGAAAAAAUCGGAUUCCGCUCAAAGUGACGGAGCUCGAUACUGUAGCUACCCUCGGCAGAAGAAGAUCGACGAAGUGGUUCCAGUCGAUAAGAGAUACAGUGACAUAUAUGAAGCACCAAAUAUUGAAAUAACCGAUAAUGGUCAAAAACAUUUCUUGCCUCCAAACCCGCCAGCUAUAUCAACGAUGCCUUGUACUCCAAAAAUGGAUCGCAAUAUGGGCGUGCAUCCGCAGAUGCAUGGAGCGACCCUAAACAGAAGCGCAAUGAUGGACCAUACCCAUUCCUACCAAAGACAAACAGAACGUGAUAUGGCGAACAGACCUCCGCUGCCUUUACCACCAUCUCAAGAUGACUUCGAAGUUUAUGAACAAAUGACUGAUGAUAUGGACACAUACGAACCUCCGCCGGUGGUCAGUCAGGCAAUGCCACCCAGACUACCGAUGCCUCCAAAGAAGGUGCCUACAGCAAACCUAGUCAACGUGAAAGAGGACACACUGAAAACUAAAAGAAGUGCCAGACCUCCUGUCACUCCGAAACCACAAAUGUCACAUGCUGCGGUAGCACCAGUCAAUGAAUUGCAGCAGGUCUUGAAGAGGAGACAAGCGGGAAUUGAAACUGCAACAAGAAGCAACGAAUUGGAAGAAGCGUUGAGAAAACGAAAUAAUGUUAAACAAGUGCCUAUCGUCUCCAUACCUGAUCCAAGUCCAGCAAAGACCAGACCUGUUGUAAAAUCAAAGCCGAGAAUACCGCAACCACAGCCAGUACAGGAAGAAAUCUACUACAACGAAAAUCAAGCGUCUUCGGACGAAGAAUGGACCUACGAGCCUUUGAAACCACAUAAAAACUACGACCCUAACAUUUAUAACAUAUAAUGUACUUUAGUAUAUUGUAAAUAGGGUUAAAUUUUGAUUUUUAGAAGUAGGUAGGUCGAUUUCGAUGUAUUAAAAGACAGAAGAUAUGAAAAGACGGGUGUAUUAAAAGAAGAACUAUGUGUGAAGGUCAACAGCCUGCUGCGACCACCUGCUGACUUUCUUCUCACACGGAGAAGGUUUGAGCAUUAAACACCACGCUUGCUCAAUACGAGUUACCCAUUUGAAACUUAUAAUUAGAAACUGCCCGGGUUUCCUCAUGGUGUUUUCCUUCACUGUGUGUCAGUGGUGUAUAGAUACUCUUAGAAAGUACAUAUAACUCUACUCUAGAAAGAAGUUGAAGAAUU